AUGUCGAAGCUCUCGUUUAGGGCGAGGGCCCUAGAUGCGUCGAAACCAAUGCCCAUAUAUCUCGCCGAGGAGCUUCCGGAUUUACCGGACUACUCGGCCAUUAAUCGUGCAGUACCUCAGAUGCCCUCUGGAAUGGAAAAAGAGGAAGAAAGUGAGCACCAUCUCCAGAGGGCGAUAUCAGGCACGGGGCUCAUAAUUCCAACGCCGGAGGUGUGCGAGGUCAACGACCUCGAGUUCUACGAAAGAUGCUACCCAGCCGACUACAAAAUGCCCAAGCAGCACAUUCAUAUGCAGCUGCUUUGGGAGGAGCAGGAGGCGCCGGAGUAUGACAUCGACUCGGAGGACGAGAGGUGGCUAAAGCAGCAGAGGCACCCCGAGCUCACAGAGCUCAAGUUCGAGCAGAUGAUGGACAAGCUGGAGCGCUGCUCCGGUCAGACGGUGGUGACGCUGAACGAGGCGAAGCUGCUGCUGGAGAGGCACGACGACCUCGUCAUCGCCGUCUACGACUACUGGCUCAACAAGCGGCUCAACACGCAACAUCCGCUAGUCUUAUCUGUGAAGACGGAGCAUAGGCCGGGCCAGUCGUCGAACAACCCAUACCUGGCUUUCCGGAGAAGAACAGAGAAAAUGCAGACCAGGAAGAAUAGGAAGAACGACGAGAGCUCGUACGAGAAGAUGCUCAAGCUGCGGCGAGAGCUGGCGCGCGCCCUCACUUUGCUCGAGCUGGUAGCCAGGCGGGAGAGGGCGAAGCGCGAGCUGCUCCGGCUCACCGCGCUGCUCGCCGAGCGCCGGUACUCGGCAGGCGACUUCUCCGCCCAGCUGCCGCCGGAGCCAGCCAGGCAAUACAGCACAGUGCCGAUAUCGACAUUGAGCUUUCGCCGCGAGUCGUACGCGGUACAACACUAUCCGCCCAGAGCUCCGCCCACGCCCGUCGAUCAGCCUAGACAGCGAGAGAAGCGUCCGUACAAGAGACGGAAACACAGGCACCACGCCGCCGGCUCCGUGCAGGGGCUGCGAGACUCGGGCGUGUGCACCUCGUCGGAGGAGGAGUCGGCCGCUGCCGCCACUUGCCCGGCGGCGACGCGCGCCGACGCGGUCGACGACGGGCCGUUCGCGUUCCGUCGCAAGCCCGGCUGCUACUACGAGAUGCCUACAUCUACGCUGUGCGGCGACCCUGUGGAACCUGGAAGUCCGUCAAAGGAAGGCCUCUUCGAACAUGAGCUGGACGAGAGGAAUAGGUUCACGCUGACGUCGCUGCGGCACCCGUACGCGCGGUGCGUGGGGUUCGCGCGGCGGCGCGUGGGCCGCGGCGGGCGCGUGCUGCUGGACCGCGUGGCGACGCCCCUCGACGACCUCUGGCCGCGGCUGCCCUUCGCCUUCCCAGCCUCCGCGGAGCAGCGCGCGCUGCGCGACGAGGAGGUGGAGUUGGAAACGAAAGCGCACCGCAGCCCGAAGGAGAUGACGCGCGACUACCACACGGGCGGCAAGUACCCGUGGCGGCACGCGUUCCGCCGCCACCUCGCUCGCAACCCGGGCCUGUGGACCGUCGACGUCAAGCCCGAUGCGGACGCCAAAUCCAUUGUGGACGCCAAGUCCAUUGUUGACGCCAAGUCCGACGCGGACGCCAAGUCCGUCGCGGACGCCAAGUCCGCCGCGGACGCCAAGCCUGUCGCGGAUAUCAAAGAGGAGCCGAUGGACGUCGACGGCUCCCCGCCACCGGGCGCCACGUUACCUCAAGACGUCAAAAGUGAUAUUAGUGUUAGUGCGAGAACUAUUGACAGUGCGGUUAGGGAGAAUUUGGCGCGCGUGAUGAGGAAGAGGUCGUGGAGCGGCUGCAGCGACAGCAGCUACGACUCGGACGAGAGCCUUCAGCCGGUCGAGAGGGAGUUUGAGCAGUUCAUAGACGAGGUCAACAAGAAAUGGUUACAUUUUCGGCCGAAAACACCGCCCCCUUCGCCGCCGCAGGAUUUUAAACCAACCGAUGAUCAGUUCCCGAUCUCUUUGGACACGCCGUUCUCCGUGGAGCUGAGGUUGGCGGAACCACCUUCGGCGGGGUGCUUGGACACGUUCAUGACGUCGGAGUUCACACUGGGCGAUCUUUACGCGGAGCCAACGAACGCGGAGGCCGAAAACAGCGGAAGCAGUCUGGACGCGAGCGGGGAGGAUCUACUAGGCGAGGGCUUCACGGGCCUCACGGAGGCGCACAUCGAGAGCAUACUUGAGACCGACUUGAGGGCGCCGGAGGACGUCGAGCUGACGAGGGACAAGGACGGCAGGAGGAUCGCGACGGCGGACGAGCUGCUCGACGAUCUGGCGAGGGGCGCGGACAAGGAUCCUUUUUUAUCGCGAGGCCAGGGCGCGGUGGGGCGUGCCGGCUCUGGCGCACGGCGGCGGGGGGCGGGGGGCGCGGCGCUCGGCUCGAGCGCGGUGCGGGUGUCGGCCGGUAAGGAGCCGAUGUUCGCCGACAAGCCGCGCGCGGCCAGCCCGCCCCCGGGGCCGCCGCCCACCGAGACGCCCGCCGAGGCCAGGGCGCCCGCGCAGCCGGUGCCCACCUCGAGGAUCAUCGUGGAGGAGGUCAACGAGCCGCCCGCCCCCAAGCCGGAGAGGAGGCGGCGCGAGGACACCGUCGAGGAGGUGCAGCUCGCGCCCGGCGUGCAGCUCAAGACGGUGCAGACGAAGCACUCGCCCCUCAAGAAGCACAUUAUCACGUCGGCGGCGCACCGGCGCCCCGACCUGGUGGUCACGUCGCAGGACCAGCUGCAGCUGCAGCAGCAACAGCAGCAGCCACAGCAGCCGCAGCCGCAGCACCCCCAGCCCCAGAUCGUCACGGUCGCAGUCUCCGAGAGCCUGAAGGUGCGGCUGGCAAACCAAGCGGGCGGCGCGGCCGGAGGGUCGGGCGCCGUGGUUGGCCUCCUCCAGAACGGGCCGUUCACGGCUCUCGCGCUGCCCGUCUCGCAGCGGGACGUCGCAACGGCGAGCGUGGUUAGUGCGGGCUCGACGAGCAACGUGGUCAGCGUGGGAACGGUCGGCAGCGUGGGCACGGUGGGCUCUAUGGGCAGCGUGGUGAGCACCACGAGCGCGCGGCGCGUGGCCACGCCCCUGGUGCAGCUGGGGCCGGCCGCGCUCGGCCACAAGCCGCUCCAGCUGCACCCGCCCCCCGCCGUGGUGGUGGCGCCCCACGUGCACCACGUGCCCUCCAGCAAGCUGAAAGUGCUACACGCCCACCCCCUCACGCACACGCAGCGGGCGCAGCUGCUGCAGAACCGCUCCCUCGCCCAGCUGCCGACGGUGGUCUCGCUUGCCGCCCUCGGCGACGGGAAACCGCUCCUGAAGGCCGCCCCCGGCUCCGUGGCGCAGUUCUUCGAGAUCAAGAGCGGCCAGCUGGGCAAGGGGCCGCACCUCGUGAACGUCGUGCGACAGCCCGCGCCCGGCAAGACGACCGUCGCGCGACUCGACAUAAACGACGCUAGGAAACGCCAGGUCGUGUUCGACGGCGCACUGAAGGGCAACGUGGCGACCGCAACGCGACCGCCGCACCGGGUCAGCGUGAGCCUGGACGGGAGGCAGAUAGUGCGCGCUGCAGCGCUGCCGGUGCGCGCGCCCAACGUGCGGCACCAGAUCCAGCUGAAGAACCGCACCGUGCAGGUGGCCGCGCCCCUCGCCAGGACCGCCUCGGAGCCGUCCACCUCGAUAACGAUAGCCGCGCCCUCGAAGACCUCCAUACCGAGCUCCGUGAUGGCGAAUCUGCUGCAGAAGAACGUGCAGCUGCCGAAGAGCGGGCAGAAGAUCGCCAUCUCGGGCGCCGGCGGGCUGGCGGGCAACGUGCAGGCGAUCGCCUUCUCCACUGCACAGCUGAAAGCGAGACAGGCGAGGCUGAUCGCCCAGCCGCGCGCCACGCCCGUUGCCGAGAUGGUGGAGGCGGGCGGCGCCGGCGUGGCGGCGGCGCCGUCCGCGCUGGGCGCGUCGCCGCCGCUGGAGGGCGCCGGCGAGGCGGACGAGGCCGCGGCGGGCGCCACCAACGGCGCGGUGCGGCGGCGCGCCGGCGACCCGCUGCCGAUGGAGGUCACG